CUUGGGACCUGGCUUGGAACUUGCCUAUUUUGACUUAGGACUUGAAUCUGAACUUGAGUGCAAAGACUUGAGACCUUUUUCCACUGCUGAUCGGAGCUGGAGCAGACUUGUGACUACUGCAGAGUCAUUAUCCCGGGAAUGAACACCCAACCUUUAAACUAAAGUAAAAAUCCAGACGUUGGUGGGUGUUAGUUGGUGUUUUGUCCAAUGAGAGAGGAGCUUUACACACCUGAAAUAGAAUCAGAAAGACUCAUCUAGGAUUCUUAAAGAGCCCAGGAAAAUCAAGGCGCCUGAGAAGAGGCACAGCACAGACAGAUAGUAAGUACAGUAGAUUAAGUAUCCCAGGCAGGGGGAUAUAGGACAGUAACGUGACACACCAAGGGGUGGCCACAGAAAAAAAGAUGCAUGAGAGAGAGGAGUAAAUCAAGCUCAGACCAGACAAGUCAAUUAGCAGAGAGAAAGAUUAAAAGUGACUGCAACACAACCACCAUCCCCAACCUUCCUUUACAACCCCUCUCUGCCUCACCUCCCAGUCUUCCCCGCCCUGUCCCUCCCACUCUCCCACCCACCCACUUUUACCCAAACACCCCCAGCAGCACUUGGGAUGCUAUUUUUUGCCACGCUUCACUAAAUAAGGCCGUGGAGCAUGGCUGCGCGGGCGGGCUGGUGGAGGGGUGCUCGUCUCUGGUUCUUACCUUGGUAUAAAAACCCUGGGACGGUGGGGGUUUCCUCUGAUCACACUCAACCUCUUGCCUGCUCCCCCCUCACAGUGUUCUCAUUCGAAUUUUGCUUUCAUCUAUUUUUUUUUUUUUUUUUUUACGCCAAUACACAAACACUGCCUGUGAGCAGUAUCACUUGACCUUUUAUCCCAGAACCUUUUUUAUCCUUACAACUUGAUUUCUUGAUUUUUUUUUGUAGUCUUUCUUUCAUCUCUUUAAUUUUAAGGAACUGCUUUUACCAACCGCUGGACGACAUAUCGGGAAAGUGACUGAGUGGAAUAUGGGGGCAAAAGGACAAGAAAGACAGGAAAGAGUAAGAGAUAACUGAGUUAACUCUCAAAAGCUCCCCAUGUUACUGUUCCUUUUUUUUUUUUUUUUACCAAUCUUUUUCAUUUUUUUUUUUGCCAGCUAACUUUAUACCUCCCUUCUUUACCUCCCACCAUGCUUUUUCCUCUCCUUCCCUCUUUCCUUCCUGCACCCUCCCUUCCUUCAUUUUCAUCUUUUCCUCUCCCACAUUUCAUCUUCUUCUCUAUCCUCCUUUUCCCCUCUCAUUCCUGUCUUGAAAUCUUCUGCUUCCUUCACAUUCCCAUUUUUACUUCAGUUCCCUCUGUUUUAUUUCAUUCUUUCAUCUCCAUUAUUUUUCCUGUUUUUCUCACCCACUGUCUCCCUUUACUUACUCUUUCAUUCUCUCAACCCCUCCCUUCCUCCCUUCCUCCCUCCCUCCGUCCCUCUUCCCGAUUUGUCCUUCAGCUCUGUCAGCACUCACUAUCUCGCUCCAUCUCCUUCUCUGGCAGUCUGAUCAGCUGUCUUCCUUCUAACUUUACAUGGCCUGGUGUGGUGUGGAGGGACGGGCAGCUGCCGGCUGACGCAUUUCACUGCCCAGUCAUCACUUCAAAUCGAAUCCUCUUACACAAAGCUCUGUGCUUUUUAUACUGGCCACUAUUUUUGCUCUCUUUUCCACCUGCACGGGGGUCCUGUGAUUUUUUUUUUCUUUCUUCUCUCCUGGUUUUUUUCCCCCUCCUCUUCCUUUUCCCACCUCAUCCAGUAAGAGAGAGAGAGAGGCAAGGCAAGUCCCGUGACCCUCUUCUUUUCUCUCCUCUCCUCUCUUUUCACUCCUCCUCUCCUCCUCCUCUUCUCCUCUCCGCAACCUUAAACUCUCCAUCGCUGAAUCAGCUCCCAGGGAGGAGAGACUCCGCCUGCAGCGACCGCUUCACUCCGCAUGGGCCGUCAUCCCUAUCUGGAUCACCUCUGCUUACGGCCAAGAUUGGUGGUGCUGCAGUUCAACAACCAAUGGUUGCAGAAUCCUUCGCAAAGUGUGUCACCUAUGGUCCUACCUCAAAACAAGCCCAGGAUUUAAAUACAGCUGUGGCCUAUUUCAUGUCUAAAGACAUGAUGCCAUUUCAGAUUGUGGAAAAACCUGGUUUUCUACAUCUCAUGAAGAAGGCAAUGCCACAAUACAAAGUACCCACAAGAAACUACUUCUCUUCAAACAAAAUCCCAGCCAUGUACAAGAAAGUGAGAGGGAGUGUGGAGGAAAAGCUGGCAGAGGGUGAGUGGUUUGGUGCAACCACAGACCUAUGGACCAGCAAUGGUGGUGGUGGAGAGCCCUUUAUGAACUUUACAGUCCACUACAUCUCUGCUGAGUGGAAGCUUACGUCUCACUGUCUUGAGACUCUUUAUUUUCCAGAAGAACACACUGCAGAGCACAUAGCAGAAAUGAUGGAGAACAUGGUCUUGGAUUGGAAAAUAAAAAAGAGAUUCUGUCUGGAAUUACAACAGACAAUGCCAGUAACAUGAAGAAGGCCUUUGAAACAUUUCCCUGUGUUUGGUUUUCUUGUUUUGGUCAUAAUUUGAAUUUGGCCAUUUCCAAAGUCCUCAAGAUACCAAGGGUGGAAUCUACUACCAGAGCAUGCAGGCAUUUGGUGAAAGGGUUUUCUCGAAGCUGGAAACAGAAACGUGAGCUUCAAAAAAAGCAGGCAGAAUUGAACAUCCAUGAGCACUCACUGAUACACGAUGUGGUCACCAGGUGGGGAUCCACAUUUGAAAUGAUCUCAAGAUUCUUGGAGCAACAGCAGGCCAUCUGUGGAGUGCUAGCAGGAGACAGAUCCA